AAGACGAAAUUUAUAGAGUCAAACAUACUGUAGAGAAGAAGUGUGAGAAAAAUAUCAAGAAAACACUGCAACUAUAGGAACAUCCAUUUCAGCUUAUAUUCAAUUAAUUCUCAUGCAAAUUGGCUGAAUAAAACAUCAUAAGCAAUGAAAUUAAGCACUAGAAAGAUACUUCUAUUUCGAGUUGUUCUUGUUCUGUUUUUUUACAUAGCAAAUGCUUCAGACACCAUUAGCACCAAUAAAUCCCUGCAAGAUUCAGAAACUUUAGUCUCCAAUGACAAAAGAUUCAUAUUCGGGUUCUUUAGUCCAGACAAUUCAACGAAUCGGUAUGUUGGUAUUAUGUUUAAUAUCCAAUCACCAACUGUUGUAUGGGUAGCCAACAGAGACAAGCCUUUGCAAGAUUCUAGUGGAAGUGUGACAAUAUCAGAAGAUGGAAAUCUUGUAAUCUUGAAUGCACAGAAGAAAAGUAUAUGGUCAUCCAAUAUUUCAACAGCUGUGAGAAAUUCUACUGCCCAGCUCUUGGAUACUGGGAACUUAGUAUUGAAAGAAAGCUCCAAUGGGAUAGUCCUCUGGGAAAGUUUCCGGGAUCCUUCAGAUUCCUUCUUGCAGUAUAUGAAAAUUGGCGUCGAUAAGAGUACUAACACGACAAAUCUGCUGAAAUCAUGGAAAAGUCCUUCGGAUCCAUCUGCUGGGAGUUUCUCAGCUGGUAUUCAACCUGAAACGGUUCCCCAGAUUUACAUAUGGAAAAAUGGGAGACUCCCUCAUUGGCGUAGCGGUCCAUGGAAUAAACAGAUUUUCAUUGGAAUACCAGACAUGACUUCUUUCUACCUCAAUGGAUUUGAUCUAGUAAAUGACAAUAAGGGAACCGCAUACCUCUCCUUUUUAUACGCAAAUCAGGCUGAGAUUGCCUAUUUCACCUUGAACUCAACAGGGUUUUUGUAUCAGAAAUAUUUGGAUCCUAAGAAGAAUUAUUGGGAAGUGACAUGGGAAAGUCAGGUAAGCGAGUGCGAUUUUUAUGGAAAAUGUGGGCCUUUUGGAAGCUGUGAUCCUAGAAGCUCACCAAUCUGCUCUUGUUUAGAGGGAUUUAAGCCGAAAAGUGAAGAGGAAUGGAGGAAAGGAAAUUGGACUAGUGGAUGUCUAAGAAAGUCCAUGUUAGAGAGUGAAAGAAACAACUCUAACAUUGAGCAAGGUAAGCAAGAUUGGUUUCUGAAGCUGCAGUCAAUGAAAGUACCGGAUCUUGCUAUUUGGGUGCCUUUUGCCGAUGAAGAUUGUUAUAAGGGUUGCUUAAGGAAUAAUUCCUGCAUAGCUUAUUCAUACUACAUAGGCAUAGGAUGCAUGCAUUGGGAAGGAAUCCUACUUGAUGUUCAGAAAUUCUCCACGGGCGGGGCAGAUUUAUUCGUUCGCCUUUCGUACACUGAGCUUGAUCAAAAGAGAGAUAUGAAAGUAGCCAUUGGGAUCAUAGUACCAGUAGGCUCAAUAGUUCUUGCCAUUUUUGGAUACUUUUCCUGUAAAUAUUUAGCUAAGCACAGAGCAAUGAAGAAAAAGAGUGAGCUCUUAUUACGAGAAUCAUUGCCAAACUUCUACAAGGAAAGCAUGGUUACAGAUGACCUCAACCAAGCUAAAUUUGAAGAGCUACUUGUAUACAACUUUGACAUCUUAGCAAGUGCAACCGACAAUUUUCACUUGUCUAGCAAGCUUGGGCAGGGAGGUUUUGGUCCAGUUUACAAGGGAAAAUUGCCAGAGGGAAAAGAAAUUGCUGUGAAAAGGCUUUCACAGUCUUCUGGUCAGGGGCUAGAGGAGUUUAUGAAUGAGGUUGUGGUGAUUUCCAAACUUCAACACCGUAAUCUUGUUAAACUCCUUGGCUGCUGCACAGAAAGAGGAGAGAAGAUGCUGGUUUAUGAAUACAUGCCAAAAAGAAGCUUAGAUGCAUAUCUCUUCGGUUCAGACCCUGAAGAGAAAGAGUUCCUUGAUUGGAGUAAACGUGUGAUCAUCAUUGAGGGAAUUGGUCGAGGCCUUCUUUACCUUCACAGAGAUUCAAGGCUAAGGAUUAUUCACAGGGAUUUGAAAGCAAGCAACAUUUUGUUGGAUGAACAACUGAACCCAAAAAUUUCAGAUUUUGGCAUGGCAAGGAUUUUUCCAGGCAACCAAGAUCAGGCCAACACAGAGAGAGUUGUUGGUACCUAUGGUUACAUGGCACCUGAAUACGCAAUGGAAGGAAGAUUCUCAGAAAAAUCAGAUGUUUACAGUUUCGGAGUUUUGUUACUGGAAAUUAUUAGUGGAAGGAGGAACACGAGCUUUCACCAAGAUGAUUGUGCAUUAAGCCUUCUAGCAUAUGCAUGGAAGUGUUGGAACGAAAAUAACAUUGUCGAAUUGGUUGACCCCAAGAUAAUAGACAUGCAGUUUGAAAGGGAAAUUCUGAGGUGUGCACAUGUUGGACUAUUAUGUGUUCAAGAAUAUGCAGAAGAUAGACCAAAUGUUUCGGUGGUUCUAUCUAUGCUCACUAGUGAAAUUUCUGAUUUGCCAAGUCCUAAACAACCUGCAUUUACAACAAGACCGAGCUGUUCCAAGAAGGAAUCUUCUAAAACUCAAGGCUCCGUGAACACAGUUAGCAUUACUAUUAUGGAAGGACGAUAAACAACAAAAAACAACAACAACAAUAGCCAGUAAAAAUCCUACUAGUGGGGUGUGGGGAGGGUAGAGUGUAUGCAGACCUUACCCCUAUCUCGGAGGGGUAGAGAAGCUGUUUCUGGGAGACCCUCGGCUCAGAGACAAAAGAUUCGUAACAAGGGAAACCAGACAAAUAACAACAACGAUAAAACAUUUUAACAUUUUAAUUUGGCCAUGUAUUUUAUUCCUUCCCCUGUAAUUAGGGAUGUAUCUGAUUCUUUCCUGUAAUUAUUACUGCCUCUGAUUCAUUUGGUAAUCAUUCCACUCAAUAUUA